AAGUUGGAUUCGAUUAUUGAAGUUUUAUUUUUCGCUAUCUGCAUCAUGAAAAUUAAACGUCUUGUUGUAGACUCAGGCUGUUUCAUACGUAAUAUACAAUUGCAGGGAUUAACUGAACACGUGGUUACUGUAAAUGAAGUAAUAAGUGAAAUCAAGGAUAAGAGAACUAAGGAAUCAUUACAAGUCUUACCGUAUGAAUUUACACUCAAAAGUCCUGAUGUUGAAGCUUUACAUCAUGUAACAAACUUUUCAAAGAAAACCGGAGAUUAUGCAAGUCUGUCAGCUACUGAUCUAAAAGUCAUCGCCUUGACGUUCGCUUUAGAAAAAGAAGUAAAUGGUACAGACCAUCUGAAAAACGAACCAGGCUCAAAAGUUCAGCUAAAAUCAACAUGGAAAAGAUUUGAUAAUCCUAAAGAUAUAUCAGGGUUUUUUAUAGAAAAAUCAUCAGAUAAAAAUUCUAAAAAAGAAAAAUCCACUAAUAGCCAGAAUUCUCAAGAAAAAGUAUACAAGUCAGAAGAUGAACAAGAUAAAGAGUCAAUUCAAGCAAGUAUAGAGAGUUCUGAAUCAUCACCAAAUGCAGAAAAAACAGAAUCGAACGAAAUAGUAAAUGAAGGAGAGGAAAUUCCUGGAGAUGCUAUUGAAGCAAGUGAAAGUGAAGAAAAUGAAGAUGAUGAAGAAGGGUGGAUAACGCCAUCAAAUGUUCGGAGUAUAAGAGCAAAAAUGGGCAAUAUUGAUUUAGAUGAAAAAAAAGAAAUAGAUGUAGCAUGUAUUACAACAGAUUUCGCAAUGCAGAAUGUCCUUCUUCAACUCGGACUGAACGUUAUAUCCGAAAACGGAAUGUUAAUAAAAAGUGCCAAAAGUUAUAUAUUACGAUGUUUCGCAUGCUUUAAAAUAACCAAGAAAAUGGAUAAAGAGUUUUGUCCACAUUGUGGUAAUGCAAAUACCUUGAAAAAAGUAUCAAUGUCUGUGGACAAGGAUGGAAAUGUCCGCAUAUAUCUAUCACGAAGAAAAAAAAUUUCACGUCGAGGACUUAAAUAUUCCCUUCCUACUCCAAAAGGUGGAAAACACGCAAAUAACCCUAUUCUUUUUGCCGAUCAACCCGUUCCCCAGCAAAGAUCUUCGAAAGCGUCAAGAAAGAAGAUGGAUGUCCUAAAUGACGAUUUUCUGGCAUCUAGCUCCCCAUUUGCUGUUAAAGACAUUUACUCUCGUUCAGCUAUGUUAGGUAUAAAACAAUCUGGAAGAAGUAGACGAAAUCCAAACGAAAGCGGACGAAGGAAGUAA